AAUCUAAACAACUUACAAUUAUUUAAUUUAUUUAUGUCCAUAAAUAUAUUAUGUCAAAUUUUUGAACUCAAAAUUUCUGUGAUUAUGACGUUAUUUUGAAACUACACUUUAACUAACGCAGAGUAAUUUAAUUAGAAUAUUUAAUGGUGUAAUUAAUUACCUUAAUUUUAAAAAUGUAAAAACUAAAUAUUAUUGAAUGUCUUCCCUACUAUACUCCCCACCGCCUAUAUAUAAUCAUCAAGAAUACACAGCCAAAGGCAAUCAUUCAUUUCAAUCACAUUAUUAAUUCCACUAACUAAUUCCUCCAUAAUUAAUCAUGGCUUUGGCUAUCCUUAGCCACCUUCUCCUCAUUCUCCUAACCCUCUCCACCACCGGCUUCUACGCCGUGGAGCCGGCGGAAGACUACACCGGACUGUAUUGCAACCCAAACAGCCAAAAACCAGACAACCAAACAUCAUCAAACACCGCCAAAGUGUUGUCUGUUCUGGUGCCGGCCGCCUCCCGAGAUGGCUUCGCCACCGCCUCGUCCGGCGAGUCCCAAAGCCGAGUCUACGGGCUGGCUCAGUGCAGGGGCGACGUCAGCCCGAAAGACUGUUCCUCUUGCAUCCGACAAGCGUCCUUGGAUAUCCGAACCCGUUGCCCCGACCGGGUCGAUGCCCGGAUUUGGUAUGAGUACUGCUUCAUGAGGUACAACACUGAGGAUUUCAUCGGAGACGUCGACGCCGGUAGUGGGACACUAUACGCAAACGUGGAAAACGUGACGGAGCCGGAGAAGUUCAACAAGGCCUUGGGGAAACUGGAAAAAGAUGUCGCUAAACAAGCCACCGCGCCGGAGAACAAAGGGCUGGGAAAAGGGAAGAGGCAACUUUCGGAGUUCGUGACGUUGUACGCGCUGGUACAGUGCACGAGGGACUUGUCGCAGGUGAACUGUGCUCAGUGUCUGGCCAUCGCCGUCGAGAAAAACUUCGCCGCCGGCGGGUUCUGCAACAAUAAGAAGGGGUGCCGGGUUUUAUACAGCAGUUGCUAUGUCCGAUAUGAGCUUUAUCCAUUUUACUUUCCUCUCGACCGGACGGGAAUCAACAACACCGCCGUCGCCGGCGGAGCUGAGUCAAGGAAUAAUUACUUUUCAACUACUGUGAACUAUAAAGCUUGAUAUGAUAACGUAAAGUAUAGUCAUCGCGAUGCAUGCAUGGGAAAUCCAUGUGCGCGCGCCGAUAGCUUAUCAAUAAGUAAAAAAAAAAUACAUUUAUGGGUACAGU